UCGCUCUUGUUUCUCUCCUGGCGCUCGGCUGGGAACAUCGCCUCGCCUCUUGGGGGGCAGCAGCGUUGUGCUGCAGAGCCAGGGAGGAGCUGCCUGCGGGGCAUGGAAGAAGCCUCCUUGGCAGCUGAGAGAGGAGCCAGGGGAGCGAGAGAGCGCUGCUGCCUUUGACCCAGGCGUCCAGCUGCUGCCCCUCAGCCUGGGGAGACUGUCCACGCAGAGGUCUCUCCCCUCCCUCCCUUCCAGAUCUUCCUCUGCAGAGCCCGGUGGAGCCAGUCCACACAGAAGCCAAACCAGUGGGGAGCAUGGAGCUGCUGUCCACGCCGCACGGCAUCGAGGUCAGCAACAUCACCUGUGACUCCUUUCGCAUCUCCUGGGCCAUGGAGAACAGUGACCUGGAGAGGGUCACCCACUAUUUCAUUGACCUGAACAAGAAAGAGAAUAAGAACUCCAACAAGUUCAAACACCGGGAUGUCCCCACCAAGCUCGUGGCCAAGGCCGUGCCGCUGCCCAUGACGGUGAGAGGCCACUGGUUCCUGAGCCCCCGCACGGAGUACAGUGUGGCAGUGCAGACCGCCGUGAAGCAGAGCGACGGGGAGUACCUCGUGUCUGGCUGGAGCGAGACGGUCGAGUUCUGCACUGGGGAUUACGCCAAGGAGCACCUGGCCCAGUUGCAGGAGAAGGCCGAGCAGAUCGCAGGCCGCAUGCUCCGCUUCUCCGUCUUCUACCGCAACCAUCACAAAGAGUACUUCCAGCACGCCAGGACCCACUGCGGGAACAUGCUGCAGCCCUACCUGAAGGAUAACAGUGGCAGCCAUGGCUCCCCGACCAGCGGCAUGCUCCACGGGGUCUUCUUCAGCUGCAACACGGAGUUCAACACAGGCCAGCCCCCGCAGGACUCCCCCUACGGCCGCUGGCGCUUCCAGAUCCCUGCCCAGCGCCUUUUCAACCCCAGCACCAACCUCUACUUUGCGGACUUCUACUGUAUGUACACGGCCUACCACUAUGCCAUCCUGGUGCUGGCCCCCAAGGGUUCCCUGGGGGAUCGCUUCUGCCGUGACCGCCUGCCCCUCCUGGACAUUGCCUGCAACAAGUUCCUGACCUGCAGCGUGGAGGAUGGGGAGCUGGUCUUCCGCCACGCCCAGGACCUCAUCCUGGAGAUCAUCUACACCGAGCCUGUCGACCUGUCCCUGGGCACCCUGGGGGAGAUCAGCGGGCACCAGCUCAUGAGCCUGUCCACUGCUGACGCCAAGAAAGACCCCAGCUGCAAGACCUGCAACAUUAGCGUGGGCCGCUAGGGACUUCUGGGGAGCUGGGGGGCUAUAGGCAGGGUGGUGAUGGGGGGCAUAGGGGCAGGGAGCUGGCUUUCUCUCCCCUGCCGCCCUGCUCCCUCCAUGCCGUCCAUCUCCCUCUUCCCUUCCCUUCCCUUCCCCAGGGCAUUGGAGGCAACAGAGGGUGGUCCCUUGGUAGGCAUGGCCCACCCAUGCCUGGUGGGGCUGGGAAGGCUUCUUAGCCUCAGCAGGUUGGUGGGGAGUGGCUGGGCUGGUGGAUUUCUAGAGACUUCCCCUUUCCUCUGGUUUCCCUGCCCUGCUGUUUCUUGCCUCAUCCCAGGCCUCCAUCUCAGGAGACCUGCCGCCUAGGGCUCUCCCGGGGAAGCCUUCCCUUCCAAGGCCCACCUGUAGCUUGCCUGCCUCCGGAGGUGAGCCGAGAGCUGUGGGCGUGCUCUUCCUUAGCCCCACCCCCUCCCGCUCAGGGCCAAUCACAGAAUGCCCCUCCCCGUGAGUCGGGCCUGGGGGCGUCCCACCGCAGGCCCGACCCUCUCCCUCUAUAAAUAUCCCCCCCUCCCCCCGCCUCUUGCCCCGAGGCACCCUCUUCCUGCACGGGGAGGGCUGUGCCUCCCCUUCUCCACCUGCCCUCUAGAAAAGGGCCCUCUUUUUCUCUUAGCUUCGGGGGCACCUGGCUGCUGGUGUUUCCCCUUCUUCCGUCUGGAGAUGGUGUAAAUCCCGGCGUACUUUCUCCCUUGCUCAGAGUGCUGGGUCUGCAAGGGCAGCCGCUGGGGUCGAGGAGGGGGCAAGAGACCCCUGAGACCCGGAGGGACCCCUUCCUCAGCCGGGAGUGGGCGGCCUCACACCGGGGGGACCCGGCGUGGAACUGGAAGUGAGGGCGUUCCCCCAGAGCCCUGGCACCCCGCCUGGCUGCGCGCUUGCUCGCUCGCUCUGGGGCCCCAAAAUAGAGAGCCAAAAACUGCCUGACAAAGAAUUCCAAACAACUGUUCUAAAGAUGCUCAGCAAACUCACUACUGUGUAUAGAUCCAAAGGACCCCCCGCCCGCGCCCCUGCCCACUGGCCCUGUCGGGUACCCACCGCGAAGCUAGCCUAUUGGCGGAGAGGCCCUUCCCUGGGGAGUUCUUGGUGAGGUCUUUCUUGGGCCACUCAACGUUUUCACCUCUUUCCUACUUUUGUACGGGUCAUGGGAGUGGUGAGAGUGGACCCUGGGGACAAGCAGACUGCGUGAGGUGACGGGGAGAGGUGUCAACCAAGGCAGGCAGCUGUUUGGGGGAUGCCAGAGGUGAUGUCAGGUGGUGGGAAGCAGCCCCCAAGGUGACAGCCUGAUUUCUGCGGUGAAGGACAGAAGUGGGCAGCAGGCCAACAAGGCCAUAUCUCAGUGAGUGGGCAGAUAGGACAGCUGGUUGCCUCUUCUGUAGCCACAGGGAGUGGUGUGGUCAGCUGUCUCCGCGGCAUGGAUCAGGGCUGGGGGCCGUGGGAAAUGCAUGGAGGAGAGGACGUGGGCCCCGGGCCCUUUCCCCUAUGCUGAGGGCAGCGGAAAAGGCCCGCUGCCCUCCCCUGGCCUCGUGUUUGCCCUGGGCUGGGGGCACACCCGCCUGUGUGCUGUGCUUGCGACGUGCAUCAAUAAACCACCAUGGCCUGAGA